UGAGCAGGGAGUUGGACUAGAAGAUCCCUUCCAACUCUGUUGGUCUGUUCUCUCAAUUAUCAAUAAUGAACAGUAACAUUUUAUGCUUUUGAGGCAGCCUUGGCUCCUGGAGAUAGUCUGAGUAAGUCUCUACAAUUUUCUUGGCAAGAUUUUAGAAGUGGUUUGCCCUUGCCUUCUUCCUAGGGCUGAGCGUGGGUGACUGGCCCAAGACUAUGCAGCUGGCUAUGUGACUACAUCUCUCAGUUUCUCCCUGGUGCCUUAACUACUACAUCAAACUAUUUCCCCCAUCAUUCCAUGUGAUUGGGGGGAAAUGGCAGGAGGGAAAGGGCACCACUUCUCAGCCAGAGAAGAAAGAAAAUACUAUUUUUCCUUCUGCUUUGCUCAUACUUGCAUUGCAAUUAUCUUAAAAUGUCAUCUGAAAUCAGCGCAAAAUCAGAGUAAGUUUGGUGGCUAUGGUGAAUUUUCUGGAUUUCCCUAAUUGCUGGUUAUUUAAAACAAAGUUUAUUCCAGUGGGUUAGCAUGGUCAAUUUCCAGGUUGGAGGGAUUGACUUUGCUGGCGAGCUGAAACUUCUCAGCCCUGUUAAAAAUUAACCUCUGCUCUCAUCCUAGACAGGACUGAAAAACAAUAUGAGUCACGAGGAAUCUGGAAACCUGCCUUCUGUCUCUCCAAACCUAACAAACCCCCCUGCUCUGGUUUUCCUUCUCUUCUAAACUCCAAAGAUACCUUAGCAUUUCCCAACUUGCCCAGGAGCUGACUCAUUGCCAAGUAAGAAACCAGAAGCUUCAGAGAUGACCUUGCAACAUCAGCUGGCUUCUGACCGAGAAAACCCUGCCCUGGGUUUUGCCUCCAGCAUUCGUGCUCUCUAUGCUGCAGCGAAAGCAGGAAGAGAAGAAGAAGAAGAAGGUGGAGCCAUGGCUGCUGUCCUCCUCCCGGGAAACCUUCAAGAUGAAGCCACUUGCUCGGUUUGCUUGGAAUAUUUCAAAGACCCCGUGUCCAUCCAAUGUGGGCACAAUUUCUGCCGGGCUUGUAUCACCAAGAGCUGGAAGAGCCUGGAGGUGGACUUUCCUUGCCCCCAGUGCAGGGAACUGUUCAAGGAGAAAAGCUUCAGGCCCAACCGACAGCUGGCCAACAUGUCUGAAAUCAUCAGCCAGUUCAUCCUGCACGGCGGGAGAGGCCUUGAGGAGGACAGGAUUUGCGAGAAGCACAAGGAGGCUCUGAAGCUUUACUGCAAGGACGACCAGAAGACCAUUUGUGUGGUGUGUGACCGAUCUCGGGACCACCGACCUCACGCAGUGGUGCCUGUAGAAGAGGCAGCCCAGGAAUACAAGGAACAAAUACAGACUCGCUUGGAUUUCUUGAAGAAAGAGAGACAAGAACUCCUGGAAUUCAAAACUCAGGAUGACAAAAAGAGCCAAGAAUUGCUGAAAACCAUAGAAACCGAGAGACAGAAAGUCCUCUCUGAAUUUGAAGGGCUACGCCAGUUUCUUCAUGAUCAAGAACAGGUUCUCCUUGGACAGCUGGACAAGAUGGAGAAGGGCAUCGUGAAAAGACAGAAUGAAAACAUCACAGAGCUGUCCAAGGAAAUUUCCCUCCUCAACAAAUUCAUUGCUGAUCUGGAGGACAAAAGCCAAGAAUCAUUGCUUGAUUUCCUCAAGGAUGUGACGGCUAUUAUUGCCAGAAGUGACAAUGUUAAAUGUCAGCAGCCUAUCCCAGUUUCCUGUGACAUGAAGGGCCAUGUCUCCAACUUCUCUCUGAAGACGGUGGCACUCAAGGGAGCACUUAAGAAGUUCAGAGAGGACUUGCUUCUGGAUCUGGAGACGGCCAACCACCUCCUCCUCAUCUCGCCGGAUCUCAAGACAGUGCGGAUGGGUUGCCGCAAGCAAGACCUCUCCUACAGCCCAAAGCGUUUUGACACCAACUCUCGAGUCCUGGCAACAGAAGGGUUUAAGUCUGGGCGGCAUUAUUGGGAGGUGGAGGUGGGGUCUGCCGAUGGCUGGGCCUUUGGAGUAGCCAAGGAAUCGGUGCGAAGGAAAGGGCUGACUCAAUUUUGCCCCGAAGAGGGCAUCUGGGCCCUACAGCAAAACGGAGGGCAAUAUUGGGCGGUCACCACUCCUCAACGCACCCCACUUUUCCUGAAUGAGAAGCUGAUUAAAGUUAGAGUCUACUUAGACUACGAAGGGGAAGAAGUGUCCUUCUACAAUGCUGACACCAUGCAACACAUCUUUACCUUUAACAUUGCUUUCACGGAGAAGAUGUUCCCGCUCUUCUCGGUGUGCUCCACUAUAACUUAUAUUAAAUUAUGCUCCUGAGAUGAAAGAGAUACCUCGAUAGAAACAGGAAGAAGCCAUGGCGAUGCUUGUUUUGAUAUGGGGUUGAACUUCAAGAGAGACACAAGGGUUUGUAGGAAAAAUAUGUGAGAAACCUGGCCACCUUCAGACUGCAGUGGGGCUGAAAACUAAAUCUUGGGCAAAGUUACAGAAGAUGCCACCAAUUUAUCUACACCAUGCAGGAAUCUGUUAACAGGCUUGAUGUUUGAGCUUUUGUUUCUAACCCAAUCCUAUCACACAGGCAGGAUUUCAUCUUGCCUGCCUUGAAUGUUGAGAAGAAAUGUACCAUAUCUUUUGGAGUAUAAGACGCUUUGGAGUAUAAGACGCACAUUA